AUGGCUUCGAAGGCAUGGAGCCUGUUGCCGCUGCGAGAGUUUACGCGGACCGCAUUUCUCCAACGAAUUCCUCGUUCUUCACUGACGCUUGGCGCAGCAGCAUCACCAGCAGCCGCUACUACCCUCGGGGGGAGCAUUAGCCAACACCUGCUGACGGCUAGCGGGAGUCUAGCAGCAGCUCCUGCGGUAGCACAGCUUUCCCAGCACCCCCGCCGCUACGUGCAUGGGACAGAACGCAGGCGAGGCUUACAAACUGAGUCGCGAGAUUCGCAGGAACCAAGCGGCGCGCACCAGGGAGAGCAGCAUUCAGAAGCUGAGCGGCAUGAUGAUCAACAGAAACAACCCUUUUCUAUCCUGCAUGGUUCGCGAGAGAGGUGUGCGUGUGCUGCGCUGUGCACAGCGACACCCUCCACACAGCUCCCCCCAAGCGAUGAAGUAAGUCUACAAGAAAUUAAGACCUCAACGCGUCUAAACAACGCCCUCCUACCCGUAACAACACCACGUUGGAGGAAGCGUCUUGAGGGUGGAGCAGACACGCGGAGCUCCCCAUGUCAACAGCUGGUGGCCGUGGAGGUGGCUAGCUGGCUAGCUAGCACCGCCCCGCCAGGGUUUGAAGCCAAGCUGCGUGAUUUGGUGGAGAGCACUCCCAUCGUUCUAUUCUUGAAGGGCCGUCCCGAGGCUCCACUGUGCGGCUUCUCCUCAAGGGCACUUGUGCUCCUGGAAGCGGCAGGAGCAGAGUCUUACACCUUUGUGGACUGCAGCAUACAUGAGCAGCAGCCGCCGCAGCUGCAGGAAAAGAGGCGCAAGCUGAGAGCUGCGGUCUGCAAGCUCUUUGAGUGGGAAACGUUGCCUCUUCUGGUGGUGAAGGGCAGUGUGGUGGGAGGGGCUGACAUUAUGGCGCAACUUCAUCAGCAGGGAAAGCUUGCGCAGCUACUUGAGGAAGCAGAAGCAAGAGGUAGUCCGGAGGCGCCUACAGCACGGGCGAAGAAGGGAGGCAGCAACUAG